UAAAAAAAUUGUUCGUGUUCGUACAACGAGCUUUUUUGACAGCCCUACUUUCAGCUCUCAUUCUUCAAGCAGGACGGAGGACUGAGGAUGGCGUCGAUCCCACCGGCCGUUUGGGUUUCAGUCCCUACACCCCUCCCUUCUCCCUCCUCUAUCGCCAGUUCUUACGGCCCCAAUAUUUUCUCACUUCUGCCUAGAAGAUUGAAAUCCCGCAGAGCCAUCUCGGCUUCGUCCUCCGAAGAUGGCGCUUCCGCCGGAGAAAUCGAAAUCUCUGACCGCGUCCGGCUUGCGUUCUCCAAGGCCAAUGCCUAUAGGAAAGAAAAUACGUCGUCUCCGCAGGCGCUGGUAAACGCUAAGAAACCCUUUAUGGAUCCCGCAAUAGAGGUCCGAGGGAGUGGCGGUUCGGAGCCGGAAGUCCCGAUUGCUGUUAAUCUGAACAUGGAGAAGUCCAGGGAGAACAAGAAGAACAGGGAAGUCUCCGUUGAGGAACCAAGAGAUCCCGGUGUUGAAGAGAAGAGUUUGAGGGGCUCAAGGAAGGGUCCCGUAGACAGCAAGUUAGAUAAGAAGGCUGUAUUAAAAAUUUCCAGCAAAGACUUUUUGGGGCUUGAUUUUUCUGAGAAGGAAAGUCAUAGAAGAAGGCCUCCUGGUUUGGUUCCACUAGUGGGACCCCUUGUAGAAGGUGAUGUGCAGGAAGUGGAAAUUAUUGUUGGGGAUGCAAGCAAAUUUGAAAAAACACCGCGAGCAAGUACUUCUUUUGAAGUGGUUGACAACACGGUACUAUACAAGCCCAAAGUGUCUACAUGGGGGGUCUUCCCAAGGCCCAACAACAUCUCUAAGACGUUUGGAGGUGGAAGAACUUUUGUGCCCGGUGAAAUGCUUGAAACUCUAGAGACAAAAAAGGCAAAAGAAAAGUGUAGCAGAGAGUUAAUUUAUGCUUAUAAAAGAAAGAUGGGUUUAGUAGUUGAUGCAAAAGCUAGAGCUGAGUGUGAAAAGGCAUUGAAGGAAGGUGAUAGCUUGAUGGACCAGGGACAACUAAGAGGAGCCUUGCCUUACUAUGAGAAGGUCAUGAAACUUUUGGUCUUUCAGAGUGACUUGCAUGGGUUGGCUGCUUUGCAGUGGUCUAUUUGUCUGGAUUCUCUUAGCAGGCCAAAUGAAGCGAGAUUCAUGUACGAGAAGCUUAAGUCUCAUCCGAAUGCCGAAGUUAGCAAGAAAGCCAGGCAAUUCGUGUUUAGUUUUCAGGCUAUGGAAAUGAUGAAGGUGAAAAACACAAACGUCCCAAUAAAAACCGGCUACGAGGAUUACUUCGAAGCAUUAGUAAACAAUCAGGUCAGUUACACUCCUUCAAUCGAGGAGCAGAAUGAGAGAGUGUUGGAGCAAGUCUUCCCAUAUAUUGUAUUCCUUUUAUCUCCGAUGCUUAUUAUCCUUUAUGUUAUAGUUAAAAAGUCUUUGUAGUCUGCUAAAAAAAAUCACUAAGUUUGUGCAAAUAAUUUUUUCUGCUCUAAAAUUGAGAAGAUGGGGAAAGGGAGGGACCAAAGGACAUCCGAAGAGCUUGCUGACAGUUAUAAAUAUUAGAAUACCUUUAGCUCUGCCAAAGUUCUCUAUAUUAUUAUUCUGCAAUAUCAAUUUAUUAAUGUGAUACUAGCUCUAUAAUCAUGACAAAUGUUAUUUUAAGGUCUAGCCAAAUUGU